AUGACUCCAUCUACCGUGUUCCCACCACGGCCCUCGCAACGACUUGAUGGCAAAGUCGCCAUCGUCACCGGCGCAGGCAGUAUCGGCGACGGCCUCGGCAAUGGGCGCGCAACAUCCCUCCUUCUCGCCGAAGCUGGCGCCACAGUGCUCUGCGCGGACUUGGGCCUAACCGAGGCACAGCGCACGGCGGAAAUGAUUGUGCAAGAAGGGGGCAAAGCAGACUUCAUAUGUGCGGAUGUGAGCUCAGAGAACGACUGCGAGGCUGUAGUCACGGCAGCAAAAAGAAAUUUUGGGCGAUUAGAUAUUCUGAUCAACAAUGUUGGGAUCAUGGGUGCAGAGGGGACGGCCGUGGACGCGGAUGUUGACGAGUGGUAUCGGGGAAUGACUAUCAAUGUGACGAGCAUGGUGCUCAUGGCGAAGUACGCGAUUCCGCUCAUGUUGAAGAACGAGCCUGGCGAUGGGGGCAUCCGAGGGAGCAUUGUCAACAUGGCGUCGAUUGCGGGUUUGCAGGGGGGCACGCCGCAUUUGUUGUAUCCGACGAGCAAGGGAGCGGUUGUGAACAUGACGAGGGCGAUGGCGUAUAACCACGGGCAUGAAGGUAUACGGGUCAAUUGCGUGUGUCCAGGAUUCCUCUAUACGCCCAUGGUUGCGGGCGACGGUAUGUCAGACGAGAUACGUGACCAGCGUCGCAGGCAAGGCUUGUUGAAAACAGAGGGAAAUGCCUGGGACUGUGCCGCUGCGGUGAGGUUCCUGGCGAGCGAUGAGGCGAGAUGGAUUACGGGGACGGCGAUGACGGUGGAUGCCGGAGUGACUUGUUCGUACGCUAUGCCAUGA